AUGAGUUUAUUAUUGAUAUUCGGAUUAUUAUUUUCUAUUUUAUUUUCUAAUAUAAUAUUAUUACCAUUACCAUUUAAUCAAUAUGCAUAUAUGCUUGCAAGAGAACAAAUUAAACAACAUGAUAGAGCUGUACAAGGUCAAAAUAAUUUGACUUCAGAAGAGAAAAUUGUUAAUUUAUAUUUUCAAGUACUACGUGCAAAUGAUUUUAUUAGUACAAAAAAUUAUUUUUAUCCAUCACGUCCAAUUGAAACCGAACUAGAAAAUAUAACAAAUAGUCGAUUUUAUCAAUUUUUAACAUUAUUACCUAAAGGUGGAAAUUUACAUUUACAUGAAUUUCAAGUUCUUGAUCGAAAAAUAUUUCUUGAAUCUAUAAAAAAUUCUCCUGAAUAUGAUCUACUAUAUAUUUGUGAUCAACAUUCAUGUUUAACAAAAAAAUAUUAUUUAAAUUAUUUUAAAAACAAUAUUCCUCCAGGUUGGACAAAAGUUAAAAAUUCCAAUUGGACUAUAUCAGAAAUUGUUAAAAAAACAACGUUAAUCGGAAUGUUAAACGAUUUUGAAAAACCAUUAUAUGCAACAGAUACAGAAGCUCGAUGGAAUUUAGCUAGUCAAUAUGGAACAUUUUCAUUUUAUGCCGAUUUAGUUAAAUAUAAUGUAACAAGAUUUAAUUAUAUGAAAUUAGUUUUAGAUCAUGCACUUAAAGAAAAUGUUCAAUUUUUAGAAUUUCGUCGAGGUUUUUUUGGAAAUUUAUACUAUUUUGAUAACAAUGGUUUACAAAUAUCAAUAAAUGCAACUGAUGAAUUGAAUUCUUUAUUAGAAUUUAAAGAAAAAUAUUUAUCAAAAAAUCCGAACUUCAUUGAUUUUAUAUUUAUUAUUUAUAGUAUAAGAAAAUCAUCGAAAGAUAAAAUAAAAAAUCAAAUAAAUAAUUUAAUUAAUCUUCAAAAAUCAUAUCCAGAUUUAAUUCGUGGAUAUGAUAUGGUUGGGGAAGAAGAUCAAGGCCAUACACUUUUAUUUCAUAGUGAAAAUUUAAUUAAUGCAUUUAAUUAUUCACAAAUAAGUAAUCAAUCAUUUAAUUUACUAUUUCAUGCUGGUGAAACAAAUUGGCCAGAAAAACAUAUUCCAUCUAAUCAUGGUGAUGGUGUAUCAACAUUUGAAAAUAUUUAUGAUGCACUUGUACUUCGAACUCAUCGUAUUGGGCAUGGACUUAGUUUAGCUAAACGUCCUGAUAUGUAUAAAUAUAUUAGUGAACGUAAAAUAGCUAUUGAAGUUUGUCCAGCAAGUAAUCAAAUAUUAGGUUAUGUUGCUGAUCUUCGUAAUCACCCAGGAAUUGUUUAUCAUCGAAGUGGAAUUCCAAUUGUAUUAGCUGGUGAUGAUCCAGGUAGUUUUGGUUACAAUCAAUUAACUGUCGAUUUUUAUUUGGCAACAAUGGCAUGGAGUUUAAAUCUUGCUGAUUUAAAACAAUUUGCUUGGAAUUCUAUUGAAUAUAGUUCACUUCCAUCUAAUAGAAAAAACCAAGGAUUUCAAAAAUGGGAAUAUCAAUGGGAGUUAUUUAUUAAUUCUUCAUAUAAAUUAGCAUGUAAUCAAUCAUUUUCUAAUAUAAUUAUGAAUAUAUCAGAUAUAUUACCUGCAUAUGGCCCAUAUGAUAAAUCAAUUAAUGUAACACUUUUUGGAUCAGGAUUUGAAAUAGCAAUAUGUAAAAAUAUUACUUGUAAAUUUAAUGAAAAAGAAACGAAGGGUAUGAUUGUUGAUUUAAAUGAAAUUAUUUGUCCAACACCUUUAAAUAAUAAUCAUCUUUCUACUGUAUCAAUUUCACUUCUAAUUGAUAAGAAAAUUAUUGAAUCUGGACUUAAAUUUAAAUUUAUUUCAUCAUUAUCAGUUAUUGAUGAUGGAACUUUGAAUACAACGACUUCAUCAAAAAGUAACAAACUUAUAGUAAUUAAUAAAGAAACAAUUAUUAUUUUAUCAAUACUGAUAAUAAUAUGGACAUUUUGA